CAGGGAAAGACUUCCAUGACAGUCUUAGCCACAGUUCAGACUGUAUUUGUGGACCCAUCAUUGUUAGCUCUCUACGUGUACGAAUACCUGCUGCACGUGGGAGCACAGAAGUCAGCACAGACCUUCCUGUCCGAGAUCCGAUGGGAGAAGAACAUUACGUUAGGAGAACCCCCAGGGUUCCUCCACUCCUGGUGGUGCGUCUUCUGGGACCUGUACUGCGCCGCCCCCGAGCGGAGAGAGUCCUGUGAACAUUCGAGCGAGGCCAAGGCCUUCCAUGACUACGUGAGUCCUCCACGGUUCACUUCUCCCGUCUCGUUUUUUUUCCCCCUUCCCCCCCCCCUUUUCUUCUUUUUCUUCCGUCUCCGAAACCCUCGACUUCGCCUCCCUCCAUUCAGAUGGCCACAUUUGUCGGGGGGUCUUGUUUCUCUGCAGAGCUACGGAGGGGGCAUGCGCCCCCCCCUGAACGCCCUGGUGGGCCCUGGCAUGCCUGGCAUGAACAUGGGCCCUGCUGGAGGGCGACCCUGGCCGAAUCCCAACUCCAACUCGAUCCCCUAUUCCUCUGCGUCUCCUGGGAGCUAUGUGGGUCCACCUGGAGGAGGGGGGCCACCAGGAACACCCAUAAUGCCCAGCCCAGCAGACUCGACCAACUCUGGUGACAACAUGUACACCAUGAUCAACGCCGUCCCUCCUGGGGGAAACAGGCCCAACUUCCCUAUGGGUCCAGGGGGUGAGGGGCCCAUGGGAGGGAUGGCUGGAAUGGAACCACAUCACAUGAACGGUUCUCUAGGAUCAGGUGACAUGGACAGUCUCCCCAAGAACUCCCCGGGCAACCUGAGCAUGAGCAACCAGCCGGGGACCCCCAGGGAGGACGGAGAGAUGGGGGGGAACUUCCUCAACCCCUUCCAGAAUGAGAGCUAUUCUCCAAACAUGACGAUGAGUGUGUGAAGGGCAAAGGGACAGGUCGGAGUGCUGGUCUAACAGCAGAGCGGAUCAGUUGAAUGCACAUGAGACAGGAUGUGGUGUCAUCUAGGCCGGUGUCUCUUCCUGGAUCUGGUCCAAUCAAUGGACCCUGGCCCCCUCCUCCUCCUCCUCCGCCCAUGUCUGUCUCUUCUCCUCCAAUUUUUUUCCUCCCUUGUUUCAAGGUGUGACGCCCCCCCCCCCACCACACACACACACACACACAAUCCCCCUCUCCCCCAUCAUCGAAACUCAUCACCUCCCCAUGUAUAAAGGAACCUAACUCCACUGAGCAGGAGACGACAGACUCUCUGUAUAUUUAUGUAUGUAUGUGACACAUUCCCGCGAGCUGGCAUCGAAACAGAAGGCCGUUCCUUUCCUCCUCCGCCGUCUUGUGAAAAAAGACUCUUCUGCCUGUGUAGAGACUGGAGCCCAGCCCUCUCAUGAGGAGUCUCGAGAUUUUGGAUGGACACGUGGACGAUUUCUCUAUUGGCUGAUUUAGGAAGAAAAGAAAAAAAAACGAAACUGAUUGGAUCAUUUCAGAGCACCCGGGUGACUGUCCCAGCAAACCCCUCGCUUCUCAUUGGAUGAAGAAGAUGAAGACGUCAAUUGCGGUCUCUGGUCGGAGUGGGCUAUGAGGCAACGGGUCACUUCGGAACUCUACUUCUAUUUUCACCACCCGACCCUGAGUAUAGUGUCCAGUGUACAAAGAAAGACAGGAAACGGAGAGAAAGAUCGAGGGGUGAAGGGAUCAGGCGCGAGAUCUCCUCUACCAGACCGAUGGUCAGCUGUUUUCACGUGCGCUCGGCCGAACGCCAGCUCGGUUCGUGUUUGUUCGUUUGGGUCCCUUUGGUUUCCUGUGUUGAGCGUUCUCAUGCCUUGUAUCUCGUUGUUGUUUUUGUUGUGUUCACUGCAGCCUAUGAGUUUCCCGAGGAUUGUGUGCCUAGACAUGGCACACAGUAACGUGUAAAAAAAACAAACCUGUUUAUAAUUGUUCAUGUGAGACUGAGAAGUACAACCCGAGGUCAGACCCUUUGAUGUCUCGUCAGAGGAACGAUUGUUGAUUGAGAGAAUAACAGAAUGAACCAUACCAUAUCAUUCUUAGGAUGCGAUGGCAGUUGGAGCCUAGAGAAACGUGACAUUUAUUCCUACAUGUGCUAGAUGCAGUCAGUCUCUUAAUUUAUUACUGUCAUCCGGAGAAACUGUGAUCUUACUGUUAGUAAAGGGGAGUACUGUAGACUUGUUUUUAUCAUGAUUUGAAAUCCGAUUCUCUGCCCAUGUUAGAUUACCCAGUGAGCAGAAAAAGCUAUUGAAAAAAAAAAGAGUCCACUUCUCAGACUCUUCGAGGAAAAUGUACAGUUCACAAAUGUAACUCCAUGCUAAUUGUAUUUGCAUUAUUUAAAUGUCGAGAGGAACAGAGACUAAGGGGGAAGGAGUUUGGCACACCAUCACUGAAAACACAAACAGGAUAAGUUUGUUUUAAUGUUCAUUUGAAGUCACAAGUGAGAUUACAGAGAGAGGCAUAUGUACAUUUGAAUCUACAUACUCUGUUUCUUUGUUCUGGUUUUGGUGGAAUUCCAUUAGUGAGAUGUCCAUUUUGUUUCUUUUUUUUUUAAUCUCAUGUUAUGUUUUUGUAAAUACACUGAGAAGUACUAUAUGGGUUUUGAAUAUGCUAUAAAGCUUCUCUUCGCUCAAA